AAAUAAUAACACAUUUGAAAAAUCAGUUGACGUUCUUAUGUUUAGAUGAAAAGAAAAACAUGAAGCUGUAAGAUUGAAGCGGAAAUUCUAGACCUGUGUGUGUUUAUGCGCAGCCGUGUGUGUGUGGGGAUGCGCGCACACGUCUCUCCUCCUCCUCAGCGAGUUGGGAUUUGAAAGUUGGAGCUGCGGGAUAACUCGGCGGGUUUUCACGCCGAAUUCACUGCGGGAGACGGCAAAGUUCUGUUGGACUGAAGGCGAUCGGCUCGGCUGAAGGUGUCUAAAUGCCUCCGCUGCGUUGAGGCCGACAGUGACCCAGUUCCUGCCACCUCCCCGGGUGUUUUUUCUGAGACUUCCGCCGGUUGAGGUCCCUUUUGGCGCGAUGGAUGAGGAGAUGAUUCUGCAGGAGGAAGCCGUUCAGGGUUCAUGGACACUGCUGUCCCUGCUGGCGUCCCUCCUCAUGGUGUUUGGGGGAGCUCUGCCCUACGUCCCACAGUACCAGGAGAUCCAGAGAAGCGGCAACACAGAGGGUUUCUCCACCAGAGUCUGCCUGGUGCUGCUCAUUGCCAACAUCCUGCGCAUUUUCUUCUGGAUUGGGAAGCAGUUUGAGGUGACUUUGCUGCUUCAGAGUGUGGUGAUGAUCCUCACCAUGUUCGCCAUGCUCCACCUCUGCUGCGCUGUCCAGAACUCCAACCGAGUGAGCACCAAGCAGCAUCGGAUCACAGACCUGAAUGUUGGCUCCUUCUGGAAGUGGAGCGUGUUUGAAGACUACCUGCUCUUCUGUUUUGGCUUCACCGUCCUGUGUGCCGUGGUCUCCCUGCUGCUGAUGGACUCGGGCGUUUUUGUAGAGACUCUGGGUUUACUCGCCGUGACGUUCGAGGCCAUGCUGGGCAUGCCGCAGCUGCUGCAAAACUUCAACAACCGCUCCACCAAAGGAAUGAGUGUGAAGAUGGUGCUGCUGUGGACGGCUGGCGACGUCUUCAAGACCACCUACUUCAUAACAAACCAAAGCCCAGUUCAGUUCUGGCUGUGUGGAUCCGUCCAGAUCCUGAUUGAUGGAGCCAUUCUGCUCCAGGUGCUGCUUUACAGUCGAGACACUCGAGUGAAGCUCGGCUGAGUCCGAAGAAAUCGCCACAUUCAGGGAGCCUGUGUGCAAAUCCAAAAGCAGCAAAGCCAAAUGGAUUGUGUUUUUUUAAGUGUUGCCCUCGAGCAUCAUCCAGCCACAAAUUCCCCUGAACAAACGGCAUCUUUUCUGCAGUCCACAGGACAAAAUACGUUCUCCUGUGGACCCUAAGAGGCAGAUAAAAUAGUUGAUAUUUUUAGCUUUUGUGUGAUAAUUCUGAGCGGCAGCAAACGGGAAAUUGUGGAAGGAAUUGGCAGCUCUGUAAAAGCAGAUCCACGUUUUUUGCAAUAGGGCCACAACAGCAGGCCCCUCCUCUGGAAUCUCCUGCUUGACUGACCCCCCGCCCCCUUUUCCACAGCUCUGUUCUUGUGUUGCGAAGCAUGCGUGCUAGUCCCUUUGUACGCAUGUUUGUGUGCAUUUGGUGUUUUCGCAGCCGCCUCGUGUGCAGCUGCAAUAGAUUUUUGCCAUCGGCAUCCUGCACUUAGUCGAGGCCUUCGAUACAUCAGAGAAUAGAAACUAUGCAGGCUAUCAAUCUGAAAAAUAAUGCACACGUGUAUCAAACAAGGAAAAACUGUGAGCAGGUCAAGUUAGAAAAAAAUACUUUUUUCUAGUUCAAAAUGUGCCAGUUUUCUUUCAAAUAUUUCUUUUUUUUUUCACCCCAAAAUAUAUAUAUAUAUUAAUAUAUAUAAUUUUUUACUCUAAACUUUAAAAAAAAGGUAUUACUUGCCUUUUCUGUAAUGAAGAGUUAAGUUAUUUCAACCAAAGGGCUCUAUUUUAUUUUUUUAUCUGCAGCCAAAGUAUGUUCAGUUUUUUGUUUGUACAGUUCUGCAUUUUUCUUUUUGGAAAUGUGGGGUUUGAUAUUUAUAACCUUUUUUGAAUUGGUGCAGCUUCUCAAAUAAGGUGUUUAUAAAUAUGUUAAAUGCCAAAAAAGAGCAAUUAAACUUUCAAAUUAAUUAGAUAACAAGAACUUUCUCCACCUUUUAACUUUAAGGUAACAGAAUUUCCCAUGUUGGGCCGCAGUGGAGUUUUGUCAUUUUUAUUGUGGCUUUAAAACAUCCAAACUAUUCCUUUUCAUGCGUUUUUGCCUGUUUGUAUUACCACAAGUCAUGCUCCCAGAUGAACAAUAAUAUUUCAUUGAUCAGUUACCCGUGAUAUGAUAUUGAAUCAUAGUCCUGCAUCUACUCCUGUUCUUGUAAUUUCACAACAUUUUUCAGCAAAUCAAAGCUACUUUACCUUAGAAAGAAAGUAAAGGUGUCAGGAAUGUUCAGGGAUUUGAAGAAAAAUCUGUGCAGAGUUUCAGCGAACAAAUAAAACUGUGGCUUUUCAUGACUAUAGCAAGUUCAUUCAACUGUUUUUAGGCUGCUAUUGGACUCUAAAUGACAUCUAAGCAUCAUAAAGAGGCACAUUUCUACUCCUGUACAGGCAAGAAUUUGUAAAGUUCACUUUAAAAGUUGGAACCUCACAGUUUACUGCUCCAUCAUAUAGAAAUUAUAUUUAGAUCAACUCCAGAAGUCAAAGAAAGCCAAAAGUUUUAAACAAAAUGACUGCAAAAAAAAA